GACAGAAGAAGCCACCGGGUGCAGCAACUGUACCGUAAUCUUUAAAGCCUUUCUUUCACCCACUGCAACCGCCAACCUACCUGGCCGUUGAUCACUGAGUUUGCGAUUCUUCCAACAACUUUUCGACGAGGGUAUUAUAGAAACCCUGGUGGUUCAAAAUGAGGAUCUAUCAAUGCCAUUUUUGGUAUGUGCAUCUAUGAUCCCGUCAUUUAUGGGUGAUCUAUAGAGAAUUGUGCUGACGAAAAACUCAACGGAUUUUACAGCAGCGGACCCAUAUACCCAGGUCAUGGGAUAAUGUUUGUCCGUAACGAUGCAAAAGAAUUCCGCUUUUGCAGAAGUAAAUGUCACAAGAACUUCAAGAUGAAACGUUGGCUCUUCCCACCCAUACAUACAUCCAUCCUCAAACAUCUUCGCCUCUAUUUCUGUUCUUUCAAAUCUAACAAAGCACCCUCCCAGGUAACCCCCGCAAACUCAAAUGGACGAAAGCCUUCCGUAAAGCGGCCGGGAAAGAGAUGGUCGUCGACACAACCUUAACUUUCGCCGCGCGCCGCCAUGUCCCCACACGCUACUCCCGUGACCUCGUGGCCAAGACCCUCAAUGCUAUGCAGCGUGUGGAGGAAAUCAAGGCCCGUCGCGAGAGGGUCUUCUACAAGAACCGCAUGGCUGGUAACAAGCAGCGAGAGCGCGAGGCGAACAGGAAGCUCGUGGACGAGAACCAGCACUUGCUGCCGAAGGAGAUGAGGACUGCUACCGAGGCCGCCGCGGAAGCCGAGGCGCAGGAUAGCAUGGCUCUCGAUGAUUCGGAGGCCGAGGUUGAGAAGGAGAUGGUCAAGGUUAAGAUCCCUGUCAAGGCUGCGAAGAAGAGACGAGUUGUUCCUGCUGGUGAUGGGAUGGAUGUGGAUUGAGGCUCGAACCAACUAGGCUACGAAUUUCUUUUGGCUAUAUUUCUUUCUUCCCUUUUCGUUCCACUUUCCCACGGGGGUUCUAUCUUUUUCAUUCAAAGAUUUCUCUGCGGAUAGGUUUUCUUUUGGAACAAACCCUGCCCGUA